UCAGAGAGAGGCUGUACAUUUGAUUUGUGAGAAAGGGUUGAUCAAUGGGGGAAGAGAAUGGUAAUAUAGGAAGGUCAAAUAGUAAUAGACGAGGAAGUUGGAACACACCAAGUUUCAGUGAAGCAUGGAGUUCUCAUAAUCAACCAGAUGUUUUUCAAGAAGGGAAUACAAGUAGUAGAAGAGAAGAUUACGAAGAAGAAGAGUUGAAAUGGGCUGCUUUAGAAAGGCUUUCAACUGAUAAAACAGUACAAGCUACGGAUACUAAUGGAGAAAUUGAUAUUACAAAAUUAAGACCCCGAGAUAAGAAACUUAUGGAAAGUAUUCUCAAGGUUGUGGAAGAAGAUAAUGAACGGUUUCUUCGUCGGCUCAGGGAUCGCACUGAUCGGGUUGGGAUUGAGAUUCCUAAGAUUGAAGUUCGAUUCGAAAAUCUAUCGAUUGAAGCAGAUGCUUACGUUGGAAGCAGGGCACUUCCUACUUUGCUCAAUUCCACCUUGAAUGCAGUUGAGGCAUUUUUAGGACUAGUUUGGCUAGUGCCAUCAAAGAGGCGGAUAAACAAGAUACUCCGAAACGUGAGUGGAAUAGUUAGACCAUCAAGGAUGACACUGCUACUUGGACCUCCAGGCUCUGGGAAAACAACAUUGUUGCAAGCGCUUUCGGGGAAGCAUGAUAUGGAGCUUAGGGUAUCUGGGAAAAUUACAUACUGCGGACAUAAGUUUACAGAAUUUGUCCCCCAGAGAACAUGUGCUUAUAUCAGCCAAGAUGAUCUUCACCAUGGAGAGAUGACAGUUAGAGAAACAUUAGAUUUUUCUGGGCGUUGCUUGGGUGUUGGAACUAGAUAUGAAAUUCUAGCAGAACUGUCUAAGCGUGAGCAAGAAACAGGAAUAGAACCUGAUCCUCAGAUUGAUGCAUUCAUGAAAGCUACUGCAAUGGGAGGCCAGAAAACUAGUCUAGUUACAGAUUAUGUAGUCAAGAUCCUUGGACUAGACAUUUGCGAGGAUAUUAUGGUGGGUAACGAUAUGAUUAGGGGAAUUUCAGGUGGGCAAAAGAAACGUCUGACGACAGGAGAGAUGUUAGCCGGACCAGCAAAAGCCUUGUUUAUGGAUGAAAUAUCAACUGGGCUUGACAGUUCUACAACAUUCCAGAUCGUUAGAUGCAUGAGACAGAUGGUUCAUAUUAUGGAUGUAACCAUGAUCAUCUCUCUUCUGCAACCUGCUCCUGAGACAUUCGAACUUUUUGAUGAUAUCAUUUUACUUUCAGAAGGUCAUAUCGUCUAUCAAGGUCCACGAGAGAAUAUUCUUGAGUUCUUCGAACAUAUGGGUUUCAAAUGUCCAGAAAGAAAAGGAAUUGCAGAUUAUCUGCAGGAGGUUACAUCCAGGAAAGACCAAGAACAAUACUGGUUUGACAAGAACCAACCUUACAGAUAUGUUUCACCAUCUGAUUUUGUAUACUCAUACCAUUUGUUUCACCUUGGUCAAGAGCUACAAAGUAGUCUUAGUGCUCCUUACAAUAAAAAAAAAUCCCAUCCAGCUGCAUUGGUGACAGAGAAGUAUGGUAUCUCUAACUGGGAACUCUUUAAGGCAUGUUUCUCGAGGGAGUGGUUGCUCAUGAAGCGGAACUCAUUUAUAUACGUGUUCAAAACUAUGCAGAUCACAAUCAUGUCGCUGAUCACAAUGACAGUGUUCUUGAGAACAGAAAUGAAGCAUAGUCAAAUUUCUGAUGGAGGAAAGUAUUAUGGAGCAUUGUUUUUUAGUUUGAUUAAUGUGAUUUUUAAUGGGAUGGGUGAGAUGGCAAUGACGGUUAGCAGGCUUCCGGUUUUCUUCAAGCAGAGGGAUUUCCUAUUCUAUCCUGCGUGGGCAUUUGGAUUACCUAUUUGGCUCCUUAGAGUUCCGGUCUCAGCACUGGAAUCGGGAAUCUGGGUCAUUCUUACCUACUAUACAAUUGGGUUUGCCCCUGAUAUAACCAGGUUCUUCCGCCAGUUUUUGGCGUUCUUCUGUGUGCAUCAAAUGGCUCUCAGUCUCUUUCGGUUCAUUGCUGCAGCUGGAAGAACUAUGGUCAUUGCUAACACUAUGGGUACCUUUACCAUGCUUGUUGUUUUUGUGCUUGGAGGGUUCAUUAUAUCCAAAGAUGACAUUCCGCCAUGGAUGAUAUGGGGCUAUUAUGUCUCUCCAAUGAUGUAUGGACAGAAUGCAAUAGCCAUCAAUGAAUUUCUUGAUGACAGAUGGAACAUGCCCAUCAAUGACCCUGCUCACCCUAACAGUUCUGACACAACAGUCGGAAAAAUGCUUCUGAAGUCCAGAGGAAUGUUUGCACAAGAAUACUGGUAUUGGAUAAGUAUUGGAGCAUUAGUCGGAUUUUCUCUUCUCUUUAACGUGUGCUUCCUUGCGGCAUUGACAUAUUUGACACCUUCAGUUGAUUCUAGAACUACCAUGGGGGAAAGUGAGGAGGUGAAGAGCAACCAGAAGUUAUCCUCUACUGGGAAACAGAAAUUGACUUCCCCAGAAAUCAGUUCAGUAUCUGUUGAAGGUGUUGACAUGGCAGUAAAAAAGGUUCCACAUACUAGGAACUCAAGUAUUGGCGUGGCAGACCACUCACCUCGAAGAGGAAUGGUUUUACCUUUCCAGCCUCUUUCGAUUUCAUUCAAUCACAUCAAUUACAGUGUCGAUAUGCCAGCAGAAAUGAAGAAACAAGGAAUAGAAGAGAACCGCCUGCAAUUGCUACGAGAUGUUAGUGGUGCAUUUAGACCAGGUAUUCUAACAGCAUUAGUCGGCGUCAGUGGUGCAGGAAAGACCACGCUUAUGGAUGUGCUUGCAGGAAGAAAGACUGGUGGCUACAUUGAAGGAACAAUUAAUAUAUCUGGUUAUCCUAAAAUUCAAGAAACAUUUGCUAGAGUUAGCGGUUACUGUGAACAGAAUGAUAUUCACUCACCGAACGUUACUGUUUAUGAAUCCAUCUUGUAUUCAGCCUGGUUACGACUUUCUCCGGAAGUAAAAAGGGAAAAACGACAGAUGUUUGUUGAGGAAGUUAUGGAGUUGGUUGAGCUUGAUCCUGUAAGGAAUGCCAUAGUCGGUCUUCCAGGAGUUAAUGGCCUGUCGACUGAGCAAAGGAAGAGGCUCACUGUAGCUGUAGAGUUAGUUGCUAACCCAUCCAUCAUCUUCAUGGAUGAGCCAACAUCAGGCCUUGAUGCUAGAGCUGCAGCCAUUGUUAUGCGGACAGUGAGAAAUACAGUUGACACAGGAAGAACAGUUGUUUGCACAAUUCACCAACCGAGUGUAGAUAUUUUUGAAGCUUUUGACGAGUUACUGUCGAUGAAAAGAGGAGGACAAGUAAUCUAUGGUGGACCUCUUGGUCGCCACUCCCACAAGCUUAUAGAAUACUUUGAAUCCAUUUCAGGGGUUCCGAAGAUCAAAGAUGGUUACAAUCCUGCUACGUGGAUGUUGGAAGUUACCGCACCUUCAGUUGAGACUCAACUCAAAGUAGAUUUUGCACAAGCUUAUGCCAAUUCAACUCUUUAUCAAAGGACUCAAGAACUUAUCAAUGAGCUAAGUUCUCCAGUACCAGGUUCUGAAGAUCUUCAUUUCCCUACCAAAUACUCGCAGGGUUUUCCUACUCAAUGCAUUGCUUGUUUCCGGAAACAACACUGGUCAUACUGGAGGAACCCACAAUACAACUCCGUUCGAUUCCUGAUGACAUUUAUGUUUGGUUUUCUAUUUGGUGUUAUCUUUUGGGACAAAGGCAGACAAACGGGCAAACAACAGGACCUGCUCAAUCUAUUGGGGGCUAUGUAUGCUGCUGUUAUGUUCCUUGGAGCCACCAAUGCAUCAUCAGUGCAGUCUGUUGUGUCAAUUGAGAGAACAGUCUUUUAUCGCGAGAGAGCAGCAGGAAUGUAUUCAUCACUAGCAUAUGCAUUUUCUCAGGUAAUAGAGAUUUUUACGAUUUUCUUCUUGCACAGUAAUCAACAUAAAAGAAACUUACGGCGUUCUUUCAUAUCUGUUGUUCUCCAGGUGGCAAUUGAGAUUAUUUAUGUGGCGAUUCAAACACUUGUUUAUACUCUUCUCAUAUACUCGAUGAUCGGAUUCGAAUGGCAACUGCAUAAAUUCAUAUGGUUCUACUACUUCAUAUUCAUGUGCUUCGUCUAUUUCACUAUGUGUGGAAUGAUGAUGGUAGCACUUACUCCAGGGUACCAAAUGGCUGCCAUUGUUAUGUCGUUUAUCUACACCUUAUGGAAUUUGUUUGCAGGCUUCCUUAUUCCUAGACCGCAAAUACCUGUAUGGUGGAGAUGGUACUACUGGGCUUCUCCAGUUUCAUGGACACUCUACGGCCUUGUGACAUCUCAAGUGGGCGACAAGAAUACCCCUCUUGAGAUACCAGGACAGGCAGAAAAAAUAAUGUUACAAGAUUUUUUGAAGGAUAACCUUGGCUUUGAAUAUAACUUCUUAGGGUAUGUUGCGUUGGGACACCUCGGAUUCGUUCUCCUAUUCUUUUUUGUGUUUGCAUACGGUAUCAAAUUUUUGAACUUCCAGAGACGAUAGUUGAUAGUUAGAAGUUACAACCAAAUUCAUCUUAUAUUUACUUGUAAA